UCAUGUGGACCCCGCACUGUGAAGCCAUGGAUAAGCUGUGUUGAGGCAGAAUCUGACAUUUACCACAGUUUUGCAAUUUGGCGGCUGGUGCACAGCUUGUGAAAAUGAAACUUGCUGAAAUGCGUUUCGCCUGUACAAACCCUGCAAGGUUUUUGGAUGUUGGGACCUUGUGCUCAAGCUUUCCUGUAAAGACAAUAUUUUCUCAUUGCAUACUUCAUGAUGGACCAAGACAAGAGACUAGUGGCUGAGAGGAUAUUAAAUAUCACCCUGGAGAUCAUCUACCUGCUGACUGGAGAGGUUUACAUGGUAGUCAAGAAGAAAAGUGGGGAGUCAUCAGGAAGAAGAACCAGGAUCCAGAGCCCCAUUAAGAUGCCUCCAUCUAUAUCACUGAUUCUUGAGAGAAACAGUGAGAAGAUCCUAGGACUCACUGACAAGAUCAUUGAGCUGCUGGCUGGAGAGGUUCCUGCGAGACAGUAUAUAGAAGAACCCACAGACCUGUAUCUGGAUGAUAUGGACAAUAAUGAGCCCCUUUCAUCUCCAGACGGAUCCAGUGACAGAGAUAAACGACAAAGAUCUUCCAGUCCUGUCCAUUCAGAUUAUACAGAGGAAGAGAAAAGUGGUCCACAUGAUGAUGAUGUGGGUCAAGAAUCACUUCAGAUUAAAGUUGAAGUUGUAGAGGAGGAAGAAGACAAGUUGUACAGUAGUGGUGAUGUGCUGUGCAAGCAGGAGGAAGUCCCAGUAGACAUCGCUGCAGCGAAUGCACACAACAUCAGGAAUUCUUCUGCAGAUUGGGAAUUAGAAGAUAACAAUGACUUGGAUAAUUCCCCAGAAGAAAGCUGCAGUUUUCAAAACAGGCAUUCUGGACUCCAGGAUGUCGAUAUAAAUGAUAUUAAUGAGCUUUCUUAUGAUGUGGACAUGACUCCUGAUAAAGCAUUUUUUUCACUGUAUGGUGCAGCUCACAGUGACAAAAUUUUCACCUGUAUAGACUGUGGUAAGUGUUUCACCCAGCAUGAUGCACUGUUGAUACACCAGAGGGCUCAUGUGGAGGAGAAGUCAUAUCCAUGCUCUAACUGUGGGAAGUUUUUCAAGAAGAAAUCAAACCUUAUUCAGCACCAGAAAAUCCACACUGGUGAGAAACCGUUCCUCUGCUCUGACUGUGGUAAAAGUUUUACGCGGAAAGCUGAUCUCAUAAAACAUCAGAGAAUCCACACAGGAGAGAAGCCAUUUCCAUGUUCUGAGUGUGGCAAAUGUUUUACCCAGGUAUCCGCUCUAAUAAGACAUCGGAGAUUCCAUUCAGAUGGACACCAUAUCAGGAAUACCUUGGAAGACCAACUUAUCUUAUCUCGAGAUUCUAAAAUACAAGAUAAACCUGAAAGAUUUGCAGGAGAAAAUGCUAGUUUUGCCAAUACACAGCCAGUCCUUCAGGAUGCAGAUAUUAUUGGUAAUCUUUCUUUUCGUAAGGACGGUUCUCCUGAUCAAUCUGAUUUUGCUGCCUGUGGUACUACUCCAAAAAGUGACAAAAUAUUCCCCUGUCUGGAAUGUGAUAAAUUGUUCACUCAGUACGCCAAACUUCUAACACAUCAAAGAAGUCACACAGGUGAAAAGCCGUUUUCAUGUUCCUACUGUGGGAAAAGUUUUACUGAAAAAUCCAACCUUAUUCAGCAUGAGAGAAUCCACUCAGGUGAGAAACGCUUUAUAUGUUCAGAAUGCAGCAAGGGUUUCACGCGGAAAGCCGAUUUAAUUAAACAUUUGCGCACUCACACAGGAGAGAAACCUUUUAAUUGCCUUGAGUGUGGGAAAUGCUUUACCCAGAAUUCAGCUCUUUUAAGACAUAAGAGAUUUCACACCGGGGAGAAACCCUUUGCAUGUUUAGAAUGUGGAAAAUGCUUUACACACCGACCUGAUCUUAAAAAGCAUCAGAAGAUUCAUAACCGAGUGAAAAUGGACAACUUAAAUGUGCCAAUUAUGGCAUUUGGUUGGAACAGGAAUAAAUACUGUUUAUAAAACUGGUCACAACAUCAACCACCAA